AUGAAGGCAACUAUUGGAGUCAUCUGUGUCUUCUCUGCAGUCCUGCUCAUCUCUGCAAUUUCUGUGGAAGAAUGUCGAGCACCCCGACCUCAAACAAUUUGCGACAACGAUGCUACUGUGACGGUUCAGCAUUACUUCAACAGCGACACUGGUAAAUGUGAAGAAGAAAGUGGCUGCAACAGUGGCCCGAACAACUUCCCGACUAAAGAAAAAUGCCAAAAAGAAUGUCCAUACUGUGAGUUUGCUUUGUGUUUUAAUAUUUAUCCUGCCGCUCUGUGUCUCAGCAGCAGAAACUCCCCGGCGAAUCGACGCUUUAUAUACAGUUUUUGA